AUGCCUUUCGCACCUGAUGAUCUGAGCGACGCCAGCAACAAAGCAGCAGCUAUCUCCUGUCAGAUCCUCGAGGCGGGAGCCGGCAGUAGCCGCCCCGAAUGGACGCCUUUGUUCAAGCACGAAAUACGGUUCGAGCCGGCCAUAUUCGACCAGGUGAUGCUAAAUCUGAUCCGCAACCCCAACAUCAACUCGUCUUGGCUCUUUCGGGCAGACGUCCUGUUGGAUCAGGUUGCUGGCUCAGAAGUCUCUGAGAUCUCUUUCGACAAUCAGCCGCUAGUACCGAGCUUCUCGGGACUUGAGGAACGGCGGCGCAUAGUACGCCGCAUGAUCCCUCGGAACGAACUGCGAGAUAAGCCUCUCGAACAGACAUGUGUAUUCUACCAGGGGAUAUCAUCACAGGGAUUACAAAGAUCUUUGAUCGUUUAUCUUCCACACUUCAAGUCAGAGUCUGAUAUUCCCUUUUAUCAUCCGAGCGUGCGAGGCGUUGCCUUUCUGCACGACUGGAACCCCGAAGAGUCUCAAGGCACUAUUUCCAUUCACUACUGUUUCUUUGAGGGAAGCGCCAGAGACGAAAAACUCUCGAGGACAGCGCUCAGUCUGCUCAAGGUGACGUAUAAGCAUGGCGAGGGCCAAAAGAAUGGGUACCAAAAACGUGUUCACCACGAUAUCUUGGUUCCACAAGCAGCCCUCCAAAACAGAUAUGCUACGUUGAAGAAGAAGUACGCUCGAACUCUCGUUGAAGGCUGGGAAGAGGUGACUGACCCUUCAAAACAUGUCUUUGAGGAUAUCUGUAUCGCAGCCUUCCUAAUAGAGCUGUGGGAAGACAUGUACAAGGACUCCGAUUUCCCUGGUUGGGUUGAUAUUGGCUGUGGGAAUGGUCUUCUUACGCACAUCCUGAAUAGCGAGAACUAUCCCGGAUGGGGCUUCGAUGCUCGAGCAAGAAAGUCAUGGCCGAAGUACAGCACGGAAGUCCGAGUACGAUCUCCUGCCGAAAGCUUCGUAGAGCGACAGUCAUUAGAGACCCGUGUCCUCCUGCCAUCUGUCCUCAGUAGUAUGCAGCCGGACGACGACGAGGCGCUCCACAAUGAACUGAUACAUGACGGGGUCUUUCCCCCAAAGACCUUCAUCAUCUCAAACCACGCGGAUGAGCUCACGCCGUGGACACCCAUCCUGGCCAGACUCUCGGACUGUCCCUUCAUUAUGAUCCCGUGUUGUAGCCACAACCUCACGGGUGCAAGGUUUCGCGCACCGCCGCCAAAGGACAAGGCAGAGUCCCCAUCUAUGUACAACUCUCUCUGCGCCUGGGUUUGCGAGAUCGCAAAGGACUGCGGCUGGGAGGUUGAGAAGGAGAUGCUGCGAAUCCCGAGCACGAGGAACGCAGCGUUCGUUGGCCGACGGUUGGCCAACGAUUCGGAGCUUGAUGUGCAGGCGUUGUUGGACAAGUAUGGAGGGACACAGGGGUACUACGACAACGUGAUCAAGUUGCUCAAGACUUCAACUCGUGGUCACUAG